AUGGUGGGCAGCGGUAACCCCUCCGAGUACGCCCUGGCGGUUCAGAAAGAGGCCAGGGAAGCCGCCGAGUCCGUCCCGGCGCGCAGCAUGGUCAAAAGUGGUACGUGGGCAAGCCCCCUCGCAACCGCGCCGUCCGCGGUAUGCACAAUGGCCGUCCUCCUCAGGACAGCGGCCUCGGCCGCGGCUGCUGGCGUCGCCGUCAAGUCACGGGAUGUGAAGGGUGACAGGGGUGAGAUUAUUGGUGAACUGCCCCACGAACUGCUCUACGCAAACCCGGAACCCUGUUCCAACCUCGGUCGAAACGCGUUUACGGACGCCCGCAGCACCAUGAGCUACAUCAACAAGGUCGCGAUAAAGAUGAUCGAAAACAAGGGCAAGCUUGAAAGCAUCCUCCGCGCCAUCGACGAGGUAGACGAUGAUGACGAAGACGAUAAUGACGGCGCCACCUUGGUCGACGACGUCAACGAUGUUAGGGAAAGCACGGCGGGCUGCCUGGCGAAGAUCAAGGACCUCACUAGAUCUUUCCAGUACUGGUACCGGAUGAUUCAAUGCCUAAAGGAGAACGUUGCCGCCUGCCAAGAAAAGGAAGCAAAUGUAAAUGGAGACUCGCUGCAGAAGAACGCGGCUGAGAAGAAAAAGCUCGCCGAGAAGGACAAGUCCACAUCCGAAACCAUCGAGAAAUUGCAGCAGCAACUCAAGGACGCCGAGAAGAGAGUCUCCGAGGCCUCAGCCUACAUGAAAGAGCUGGAGAGCGUGGUGCCGGUUAUCACCGAGCCGAGCCUGGAGGAAAAGCACCUCAGUGUGGAGAAGAAGAUUAUCCAGCUCGAAAAAAAGAAGGGGCUCCUUGGUCGGGCGAAGGAGUUUAUUAAGGGCGAGAGCACCAAAGAUUUUAUGGCCCGGACGGAACACCAGCGCGACACCGAGCAGCGGCGGGACGAGAUCAUCGAGCGGGAAAGAAAGCAGAGAGAGUCGCAGAAGGAGGAGGCGCGGCGGGCCCUGGCAGAGGCACGCGCCCAUGAAAAAGAUCUCAGCGACAAGGUGACCCAGCUUAUCGCCGACAUCGGUAGGAACAAGGAGAAGUUGGCGUCGGCCAUGGCCAGCCUCGACAGCGCUGAACCACAGUUUAAGCGCCUCGAAGAGGAGAAGCUUGACCUCAACGGUAUUUUGGCGAUUUUGGAGGACUCAAGUCGUGAACUGGGAGUGUUGAGGACGCAGGUCCAGGAACUCGUCACGUUCUUCAAAGAUAUUCUCAGUGAAGUCGACCUGGCAGUGCAGGAGGAUGUCGAGAAGGCAUUCCUCCGGCCGAUUGAAAACAAAAUGACAUACAACAGGGAUAAAGUCUGCCAAGGUGUAAAGAUGGGGCCGAAGAUCAAAUUGAAGGUCCACAACAGUGCCAUCAAGAUCCAGGGCAGCUUUUGCGCCAUCGGGGACAUCACGGGCGUCUAUGUCCUGGCCUCGGAUCGUUAUAUCAUCCCGGCCAUUAAUAGGAUGGGGGCCCUUGCUGACGCCAAGGACGAAGACUUGCCCGCCCAAAAAGAGGACUUCACCAGCUGGUGCCGUCAGUCCAUGGAAGAAAUCCAGGUUUUGACCAAGGCGGCCGACGCAGAGAUGCUGCCGCAUAUGACUGAGCGUCUCCAGCAUUUGCAGCUGGCCAUAAGGCCCGCCCACUGA